UCGUACUUGCUCACCCCAAGGGUUACCUGUGACACCCUCGCAAUGACAAGAAGGCCCAGCGAAAGGGGGCCACGUACAGGGAGUUUGGAUACCAACCUAACCGGCAAUUUGUAAAAAAGAAAAAAAAGGUUGUUUUUUUUCUCUCCUGAGCGCGUACUAUUUUUUGAUGCUCUUCGUCAUUUUUGGAGUUCCUUUGGAGUUACCUGUGGGCUGUGAUCGAUCGGAGAAUAAGCGAACCGAGUUAUUCAUCAGCUCUGCAGAUCGUUGCAUGAAACUGAGAGCGGGGCCGCAAUGAGUCGGAGAACACGACGCUGGAUUCUAAGAGUUUUACUUUCUCUGGGAAUUGUUUAUUUGAAAAUUGGUGGCUUCUCGUCGGUGGUGGCCCUAGGUGCGAGCAUAAUCUGUAACAAGAUCCCCGGUUUGGCCCCCAGACAGCGGAUAAUCUGCCAGAGUCGCCCCGAUGCCAUUAUCGUCAUCGGAGAGGGAGCCCAAAUGGGCAUCAACGAGUGCCAGUUUCAGUUCAAAAACGGGCGCUGGAACUGCUCUGCGCUCGGAGAGAGAACAGUCUUCGGCAAAGAGUUGAAAGUGGGUAGCAAGGAGGCUGCGUUCACCUACGCCCUCAUCGCAGCUGGGGUGGCCCACGCCAUCACAGCGGCCUGCACACAGGGCAACCUGAGCGACUGUAGCUGUGAUAAGGAGAAGCAGGGCUUCUACAGCAAAGACCAAGGCUGGAAGUGGGGAGGCUGCUCGGCCGACAUCAGCUACGGCCUGGGCUUCUCCAAAAUAUUCAUCGACGCCCGGGAGGUCAAACAGAACGCGAGGACGCUCAUGAACCUCCAUAAUAACGAGGUGGGACGCAAGGUCCUGGAGAAGAGCAUGCGACUGGAAUGCAAGUGUCACGGCGUCUCGGGCUCCUGCACCACCAAAACCUGCUGGACUACACUUCCCAAGUUCCGCGAGAUCGGCUACAUUCUCAAGGAGAAGUAUGCCCACGCCGUGCACGUGGAGCCAAUCAAAGCCAGCCGCAACAAGCGCCCUAAAUUCCUCAAGAUCAAGAAGCCUUACUCUUACCGCAAGCCCAUGGACACGGACCUCGUGUACAUAGACAAGUCGCCCAACUACUGCGAGGCGGACCACGUGACGGGGAGCUUGGGGACACAGGGCAGGGUGUGCAACAAGACGAUGAUGCAGCACAUCAGCGGCUGCGACUUGAUGUGCUGCGGCCGCGGGUACAAUACGCACCAGUACUCCCGCGUCUGGCAGUGCAACUGCAAGUUCCUGUGGUGCUGCUAUGUCAAGUGCAACACCUGCAGCGAGAGGACAGAGGUGUACACAUGCAAAUGAGAGUAUUUAUUGGAUGGCGUGUGUGUGAUGAGACGUGUGUGAGUUCUUGUGUUCACGGACAAACUGGAACUUUUGCAUGAAGGCUGUUCUCGCAGUCUUUUCAUACAAGAGGAGGAACUACUGUGCUGUGUAUACAGGAAGCUGAAGACGGGGCGUCGUGAUUCUUUUGCACACAAAGCUCCUCACCCCUCUUCUUGGACUGAUGUCGAAAAAGUGACACCGUUAAGAGAAAAAAAAACAAAAAAAAAAAAAACACUGUACCCUGGCACGUGGGAUGGGGUGCCAAACAUCAAAAAAAAAUUUAAGCUAUAUGGACAUUUAGGAAAUGGACUUUGCCAAUGCAAAUGAAUUGUGGUGGACGUGAUCGCUGGGCAGGACACUCUGCUGUAGUUCUCGCACUGUGCUCAGAUGAAAUGACACUUGGCCAUUUGGAAUAUUUAACAUACUGUAUGUAGAGAAUGAAAAUAAUUAAUAUUAAUUUAUUCUAUAAAAACAAACUACUGAUUCAUCCAUUAUGGAUAACUAAAUGUUGGGUUUUAGUUUAUUAAGGCGAUAAAAACCUGUCCACACUCUUGUUAACACACUGGAUUUGAAUUUGCCUGGAAUAAUAAUGUGUUUUAGAAUAAUGUUGCUCCAGAUGAAACCGCUGUAGGCCGCUCACAUUGACCUCCUGACCUUGUCUUCCCCUCUGUUUGCUGCUAGUCUGGAGAAUCCCACUUGUUGAGGUCAAAGGCUGUACGCUCUACUGACUGCCUUCAGUGGCAUCGCCUACGUCAAGCUGAUUUAGCUCAACAGGACUUAUUCGCCGAUCAAAAACACAGGCACAUUUUCCACUUCCAUUUUGGUAAAUAUUGGUUCAGAGAGUAUAUUUUGUAAAAGCCUAUUUUUAUAUGAAUGUCUUAUUUAUAUCUUUUGCAUAUUCAAUGUCAAGUUCUGAGACCCGUUUUUAAAUCCCUGUGGAAAAAAAAAGCUGAUAUAUGUAAGUUGGCCCCUGCUGUCACUGCCAUAGUUGUAUAUUGUAAGUGAUAGAAGCUGUUCAUUUGUGUCUGUGUUCAAACAUCUGUGUUUACUGCGUUUCAUGACUACUACUGAUGGAAUACAGGAGCAGAAUAACACUAACAAGACGUGAUUCCCGUUAUUGCUUCCUCAUACAUGCAAGUCUCACUCCGAUCGUGGCAAAAGAACAGAUGGGAAUGCCAUAAAGAAAAAGACCAAUGGAGAACAGUUGUGAUGUGCUGUAAAUGGCGAGAUAGAAAUGACG